UGCCUGCACACCUUCUGCGAGAUGAUACCCGUUGAGUGGGUGUGUCGCAGGGUGGCGACUGGAUCUUUCCUCAAGAGGAAUCCAGGAGUCAAAGAGGGCUACCGCUUUUCUCCUCUAAAGAUGGAGAUGUUCUUUAAAGAUGAUGCCAACAAUGAUCCUCAGUGGUCAGAGGAGCAGCUGCUGGAGGCCAAACUGUGUCUGGCUGGGCUCACUAUUGGUCAGUGUGAGGUGGACAUAAUGAGCCGCAGCACUGUGGCCAUUUUUGAGAUAGUGGAGAAGGCCUGGGCCACUCAGAACUGCUCCCUGGUGGACAUGAAGAUCGAAUUUGGCGUCAGUGUGACAAGGCGAGAGAUUGUGCUCGCUGACGUGAUUGACAACGAUUCGUGGAGGCUUUGGCCAGCUGGAGAUCGGAGCCAGCAAACAGACAAACAGGUGUACAGAGAGCUGAAGGAAGUGACCCCAAAGGCAAUGCAGAUGGUGAAGAGGAGUUUUGAGUGGGUCUCUGAAAGGGUCAAGUUGCUGCUGGAGCCCCAGGCAAGCAGCAGGGUGGUGCUUUUAAUGGGCUCCACCUCAGACGUGGCCCAUUGUGAAAAGAUAAGAAAGGCGUGCGCCUCCUACGGGAUCCCCUGUGUCCUCAGAGUCACCUCGGCACACAAGGGUCCAGAUGAGACGCUCCGCAUUAAAGCUGAAUAUGAAGGUGAUGGCAUACCCACUGUGUUCGUGGCUGUGGCUGGGAGGAGUAACGGCCUCGGCCCAGUGAUGUCUGGUAACACGGCUUACCCUGUGAUCAGCUGCCCUCCUCUCACUCCAGACUGGGGACCACAAGAUGUCUGGUCAUCCCUCCGCAUGCCAAGUGGUCUUGGCUGCUCCACCGUGUUGUCUCCUGAAGCUUGUGCUCAGUUUGCAGCGCAGAUCUUGGGGUUGAGGGACCACCUGGUGUGGUGCAAACUGAGGGCCUCCAUGCUCAACACCUGGGUGUCUCUCAAGCUGGCUGACAAGAAGUUACAGGCCUGCAGCCUCUGAAGAGCCCAGCGUGCAUCACGCUCAACAAAAGAGCUUUGGUGCAUUUAGCACCCUUGAAGCGAACUGCAGGGCUGAAAACGACACAAUUCAUUUAUUGAGGCCAAGUUUAUAACAUGGAACUGUUUCUAACAGAUUUGUUAUAGUUACUCAUUUUAAUGGAAUUUGUUUAUUUAUUUUGGUGCAUGUGUCUUGUUGCUGCCUGUGUUUUAAUGGUGUCAUUUUUGUAAAAAUGUAAAUAAUCAGUGUUCCUUAAAUAAAGCCAGUAUG